AUGGCGCCAGACGAGUCGACAUGCAUUUCGUUUCGCUUCAUGGGCCCCCCCCCCCGGUCGGUUCGUUCAGGGCACCCCGGGUGGUCCGGUGGUCCUUCCGUCCUUCGCCCGCAGGCACGGUCAGAGGGUUGGAUGGUUCAUGGGAUCGAUAUUGCCGGGUGGCGCGAACACGUGAGACGCCACAGUGAGGAAGGUAAGACCCUGCUGAGCCCUGCAGUGGAUGAUGUCCUACCAAACAUGGUGUGUCAGCUGGUGUUGGAUGCCUUUCUAGUCCUGGAACCCAACUGGAUCCAGACCUGGAAGGUCACCUGGAAUGGCCCACGAACAUGUUCUUCGUUGGACACCAAAAGUUUGCGAAGCAGGUUGCAUUGACUUUUGG